AAGUUUUUAGGGGUGGUACAUUUAAAUGACUCACCCUGUAUAAUAUAUUCAUGCGAUAUUUAUAUGCAUGCUUUGUAUGUAACUAAAGAAAAAUAAUUGCUGAUAAAAUAUAUUAUUUUACGAUUGUUAUCUAUUAAAGCGAUCUAGCUUGCAUUAAAGCAUGCAUGAGUAAUAUAUUACUACAAAUAUUACUACGAAGCAAAUACCACGUACAGCACAUGUGAUUAAGUAACAUAUGAUAAUCGCGUAUAUAAUGCAUCGCAUUGCAAAUUCGCUGUGAGCGACAUCGACCCACUUUAUACGUGUCAAUAACGUAGUCUCUGUCAUUACUGUGUCAUUACUGUGAAAGCAUGCACAUAACAAAUAAUGCUUGUUAACGAGUCUGCCAGCGUGAUGCGUGACAGAUUAGGGUUUUAGUUGCCAUGUUUAUCAACGUGUAUUUAAUAAUGUACUUGAUAUGUACAUAUAUCAUUACAUACAUUAACAUUAAACUGACUACAUACAUUAACAUUAAACUGACUUUCUUAUCAGAAUAAUAGUCUUGGUCAUUCUUUGAUGACCAUUGCAUGGAUACCAAUCGAUGAUUUUUCAUAGUAAAGAUUCAUGUGCUCUGCCUAUGUGAGGUUUGUUACUCUCUCAAUUAAAUAAUAAUUCUGUGUAUUAUGUUGAAAAUAACAAAUUAUAGCGACAAAUCUCAUGUCUAUAUCUCUCGUGAAAAUAAAAAGAAUAAUUAUAAGAGGAUUACAGAGAAUGCAUCAAGCUACAGUUGUCAGAAUUUGUCAGAAAGAGAGAAAGAAAGUAACGGAAAGUCGUAAGGAUAAACAUUAAAAAUGCAGUGUGGGAAAUGGCUUUUGGCUGGAUUUAAUCAACUAAGUAUCUGUCGGCAACUUUUCUCCUUUUAGGAUACGAUUGACUUGUCUGAAAGCAGCAAGGAUUGUAUUAAAAAAAUAUCUCGUUCUCUUCCUCGGAAUAUCGAACGACUGAAUAUUUCAUUAAGACGAAAGUCGCGAAUCUUCACGCGUAUUGCUCGACGAUCAAAGAUAACGAAGUCGUAAAAAUAUGUAUGACGCAGAAAAAUCGUUUAAAAUCUACUUUGAAAGUUUCUCGACGACUUGAUAUACGUACUUGAAUUCUAUUAUUCUGUGAAUAGAGUCAAUAAUUUUCUAAUUCCAUUGCUCGUCUCGUGCAAUGAAAUAAGUAUAGCACCAAGGAGAGACAGAUUUCGAGUGUCGCGUACGACCGAGUUCUGAAAUGGGCAUCUGCUUUGGCAAGAGAAAGGACGACGGAAUUCCUCGGAAGGAUCCCGUGGAUACGACCGCCCUGAAGCAAAGCGAGAGUCUCAUUAUCUUUGUGAUCGGUGGCCCGGGAGCGGGCAAGUUUACUCUCGGCAGAAGACUAGCCGCGAGAUAUGGCUUUCAGUUCAUCUCACCGUCGGAUAUACUGCGAUCCGAGGUGGAUUCGGGGUCCGAGAGAGGUCGUCGCUUUGAGGAGAUUAUGAGGCAGGGUCGCCACGUUCCAGCGGACGUGAUCGUCCAGCUGGUCGAGGAGAAAAUGAUGACGCAGCCAAACGCUGUUGGUUACCUGGUUGUUGACUUCCCCAGGGACAGAAGACAGGUGAUUUUGUAACUGUUCCACGCUGCUCCCGAAUUCCGCGUGUGCGCGAUCUCACGAAAUUUAGCAUUACCUGUCUCGUCUGUCAUUGAAGUACAUGUGUGUACCAACCGCAAACAACAUUUACACAAAAGGAUACGAACAAUCAUUACAUACGUAUUUAACACGCAUGAUGCGUAUUUAACAAAGAACAAUAUUUAUCUAGGCGAUUGCGUUCAAUAAGGAAGUGAGACAACCGGAUCUCGUAUUGAAGUUGGACGCCAGACAAUUAAUACUGGU